AUGGCUUCGGCGCUGGGUCCGGCGGCGCGGCAGGCGGAGGACGCGGUCAUGGCGAGGCUCCGGGCAUGCGCCACCUUCCGCGACCUCCUCCGCGUCCACGCCCGCAUCGUGCUGCUCUCCCUCUCCCACAGCAGCUACCUCGCCACCCAGAUCGUCCACCUCUGCAACGCCCACGCUCGCGCCGCCCACGCCGCGCGGGUCUUCGCCCACGUGCGCCACCCCAACCUGCACCUGCACAACGCCAUGAUCAAGCUCUACGCCCAGAACCACCUGCACCGCGACGCCGUCACGGUCUACAUUCGCAUGCUCAGGUGCCGCCCGUUUCCUUCGGCUGGCUUCGCCGGCGACCGGUUCACGUACCCGUUCCUGCUCAAGGCCUGCGGCGGGCUGACGGCGCUCGAGCUGGGCAGGCAGGUGCACGCGCACGUGGUCAGGUCCGGCUGCGACGCCAACGCCAUCGUGCAGAACUCCAUGAUCGAGAUGUACACUCGCGCCGGCGACCUGUCCCUCGCGCGCAAGGUGUUCGACGGAAUGCUGCACAGGGAUGCGGUUUCUUGGAACACGGUCAUAUCGGCGCACGCGAGGCUGGGCCAGAUGAGGAAAGCGAGGGCGCUGUUCAACUCCAUGCCCGAGAAGACGAUCGUCUCCUGGACCGCGCUGGUGUCCGGGUAUACCGCCGCCGGCGACUUCUCUGGCGCCGUCGAGGCGUUCCGGUCGAUGCAGAUGGAAGGGUUUGAGCCGGAUGACGUGAGCAUCGUCGCGGUGCUGCCGGCGUGCGCACAACUCGGGUCCCUGGAGCUAGGCAGAUGGAUAUACGCAUACUGCAACAGGCACAAAAUGCUGCGCAAGACGUACGUCUGCAAUGCACUGAUGGAGAUGUACGCAAAGUGCGGGUGCAUCGACCAGGCGCUGCAGCUGUUCGAUGGCAUGGCUGAGAAGGACGUCAUCUCGUGGAGCACGAUGAUCGGCGGUCUCGCGGCGCACGGUAGAGCAAAGGAGGCGGUCCGGUUGUUCGUGGAGAUGGAGAGGGAGGGCAAGGUGAAGCCCAACGGCAUCACGUUUGUUGGGCUCUUGUCAGCUUGCUCCCAUGCCGGGCUCCUGGACCAAGGGCUGGACUAUUUCGACCGCAUGAAGGACAUAUAUGGCAUUGAACCCGGAGUCGAGCACUAUGGCUGUGUCGUCGACCUCCUCGGUCGGUCCGGGCAAAUCAGACAAGCGCUUGAUCUCAUUGGCGACAUGCCUGUACCUGGUGAUGCGAAGAUAUGGGGCUCAAUGCUCAGCGCAUGCCGAAGCCACGGCGACGUCGACACGGCCGUGCUGGCUGCCGAGCGGCUGGUCGAGCUGGAGCCGGACGACGUUGGCAACCUCGUCAUGCUGGCCAACGUGUACGCUGCAGCAAGACGGUGGGCCGAUGUCGCGAGCACCAGGAAGGCGAUACGUAGCAGGAGCAUGAAGAAGACGCCCGGGUGCAGCCUCAUCGAGGUGGACAACGUGGUGCAGGAGUUUGUCGCUGGAGAGGACCUGAAACCUGAGUUCGGAAUCCUUUUUGGUGUUCUGGACAUCCUGGCCUCGCAGCUUGCAGAUGAGGAUGUGGAUUCCAGCGAUUCAGACUGUGUAGUUGAUGCGCAAAUGUCUGGACACUGAAUGGUUAACAUCAUGAUGUGUUGGUGUGAUUAAUUAGAGAAAGGAAGCAAGUUAAUUAAGAUGAGCAAUUUUGCAGUACAUGUGAACCCUUACAGCUGCAUUUGAAGUGUUCUGAAGUCAGACACUCUGAAUCUAAUCAACGCUGCCACCAUCAUAGGAGCCUAUUGGGGCAUGAUCAUGUUUUAUUGGUUUGGGACCACCAUAUCCACAUGUACAAACAUAGCUUUAUUGGCCGAGGAGACGACAUUCAGAGUUAUGUGGAUGACCGAGUGUGAAACUAAGCUUGCCGUCUUCGACUUCUCUUCGAGCACUGGACAAUGGUGAGUUACUUCAUCCAAGUGUUGGGGUGAUUUAUUUCCUACCGUGGUAAUGUCCAGAGUGCAGUCACGACAACGAAUGUUAUGUGUGCGCAGAUAUGUGUAUGGUUGCUUCUACUAGGUGGUAGGCUGUUGGUGGGAAAAGAUGCUCGAGCUUGAUAUUGGGAAGAUGGAGUUUUCCAUUACUGACUUCCCACCCGGAGGAUGGAGAUCACAACGCACUUCCAUUGUGGAGGCAGGGGAGGGAAGACAUGGGAUGUUUUUUUUUACAGAAAAUUGCACAGGGUAAUACUAUACAUCUGCCCUCAGUUAUAUCAUUAGGCGAGACAAUGGUCAGGGUUCCAACCAGUGGCAGAUGGAGAAGCCGAUCUCAAUCCCUUUUGGAUACCGGCAUGAUAUCGUUGGUGAAACAGCGAAGCACUUGGUCUGACAAGAGAAACGUAUCAGAGACAAGAUUAUGAAUAUUUUUCAUUGGACGUCAAGGCAUUGCGUAUGGAGAGGGUAUGUGAUUCAAAGUAUGGCAUUAGUAUGCCUCAAAGAUAUACGAACUUCCUGCCAUCAUUGUUGUCGUCUCCGACAAUAUGUAGUGGUAAACUUUCUGUCACGUCCUAGUUAUCUCCUCCUUCUAUACUCAUCACAGAGCUUGGUUGAUGCUUGCUAUAGUUCAUUGCAGUAAUUGAUACUCAUGUGGACCUUUUAGUAGUGAUUAUUUUGUCUAAUCUUGUGGAAGAACUAAUCAGACUGAGGGACACAAAUGUAGUUCAUUUGUUUGUCU